GUCACAACCUCUGCGUACGUCAGAAAUUGGAGACCGUGUAACAAGCGACGGCGCCCAGGCAAUUUUAAUUUGUCUUAGUUUUAGUCGGAGAAGGAGAACCAGGACAUUAAGGACCACUAGGCAUGUCCUAUGUUUUUAUCAACGACUCGCCGCAGACAGUGCCGUUGCUGCAGGCCUGCAUUGACGGCGACCUGAGUUACUGCAAACGCCUGCUAGAAUGUGGCUUUGACCCCAACACCCGGGACUGCCGCGGGCGUACGGGUAUGCAUCUUGCAGCAGCAAGAGGAAAUGUAGACAUAUGCCGCCUCCUUCACAAAUUUGGGGCAGACCUUUUGGCCACAGAUGUUCAAGGCAACACUGCAUUGCAUAUGUGUGGGCACGUCGACACUAUCCAAUUUCUGGUCUCCAACGGACUGAAGAUUGAUAUCUGUAAUCACAAUGGAGCAACCCCUCUUGUCCUGGCAAAAAGGCGUGGUGUGAACAAGGAUGCCCUUCGUCUUUUGGAGGGAUUAGAGGAACAAGAAGUGAAGGGCUUCAACCGAAGCUCCCACUCCAGCCUGGAGAAGAUUCAGUUGGCUGAGAAUGAGAGUGCAAUGGAAAGCCAUUCCCUUCUCAACCCUCACCUGCAUGACAAUGAAGGAGUUCUCUCCAGUUUCCGCACCACCUGGCAGGAGUUUGUUGAAGACCUUGGAUUCUGGAGAGUGCUGUUGUUACUGCUAGUCAUCGCCCUGUUGUCCCUUGGCAUUGCAUACUAUGUCAGUGGUGUGUUGCCCUUUGCAUCCAACCAGUUAGAGCUGGUGCGUUAAACCACAGGACAAAUUCUGACAUCUCUACUCACAACCACCUUAUCCUUGUCAUUGUGAUGCCAUGGACAUAUAUCCUGGACCAAAUGAUAAACGCAUAAAAUAAUAAAUAAUUAUACAUGGAUGUAUGAAGAUGACCAAAGUCAUUGACAACAUAAUGCGUUUGUGUGUAUAACUAAUUGCCAAGAUGACUAUUUUGUUAUUUAAGAUCAAAGAAUGUUUGAUUGUGAUAAUACUCGGGAUUUGGCCUGUGUAUAUUUCACCCACUCUGUUGGCUUGGACAGACACACACACAUUUCAGAGGCCUGUUUGUAUACGACUGAUAUUUACUACUUUAAACGAAGCAUUACGUUAAAGACAUUUCUGUUUUUCUAUCUCAUGCAAGAACUAAAUAGUUAAGACUGACAUACUGAGGCCGCGUUGCUCACCUGUUCUAUAUUGUUUUCCUUGUUAUACGUUUCAUAGUGAAGUCCUAUAUGUACUUUGUCCAUUGUAAUGUCAAUAUUACUCAAUAAAAGUGUUUGAAUGUA